GCAUGGUUAUCACAUUUUUUUUAUAGUGUUUGUAUGUUUCAGAUAAAAUCUCUCUUUUGGUGUUGAUUUGGACUUGUUACACAGCGGGUGAUGAUGGCGACGUCACGAGCUGACAAAGUAAUGGAAUUCCUCACCUGUGUGAUCUGCACAGACCUGUACACAGACCCCUGUACACUGAGGUGUGAUCACACAUUCUGCAGGAAAUGUGUCACAGGAUACAUCCAAACCAGACCAGAUGCCGUACAGUCCAAGACGAUCCCCUGUGCCUUCUGUCGACAAGAUACCAAUGUCCCCGACCCCAGCCGGCAAGUGGAGGAGUGGGCGGGGCAGAUUAAACCCAGCAUCAUUAUACAGGGGCUGAUUGACACACAAGCUGACGUUGUCGAAACAGGUUCCGCUUCAUGUUGCUCAGUGUGUGAGAAGUUAGGGGAGACAACUCCGGGAGCCUCAUGGUGUUCUGAGUGUCAAGUGUCCCUCUGCGAGAGAUGUGUCAAGAUGCAUGGUGCAAGUCCAGCAUCACAUGACCAUGAAAUCUGUGACCUUUCAGGAGAGGUCAAGGUGAAGAGGAGACGCAAGGUCAUGUGCAGGGAACAUAAGGAUGAGGUUAUAAAGCUUGUGUGUAAAGACUGCAACAAAGCUGUGUGUCAGACAUGUUGUGUUAUUUACCAUAGGAAAUGUGAGUCUGUCAUUACCAUUCAGUCAAUGUUGCCAAACCUGAAAUACCAUUUAAGAAAGCAUGCUAAACAGUUAUCAAAGAAAAUACAUAGAAAAGAAACAAUUGUUAGCGGAAUUGAGAAAAACAAAAUAGCAGUAGAAAAUCACAUUAAAUCUGCUGUUGAGAGAGCCAUAGCCAACAUCAAGCAGAAAGAAAAACAGCUGAUGAACGAAGUCAAAGAUAUUACAGACAAACAAACAAAGGAACUUAAAGCAGAUGUUAAGCUUGAAGAGAUUGAGAUGCAGAUGUACAGACAACAUUGUGAGUUCAUUGACCAGGCCUUGGUAUCAGACUGUGAGAUGGACCUGUAUGACGCGAAUCAGGCCUGGGAGUCGGGGGCUGUAGAGGUAGGGGAUGUCAGGGACACAGACACAGCAGACACACGGAGAAUAGAUGACAUCAGUUUCACACCUGACACUGACAACGUCCAGCACAUCCUAGAUGACCUACAGCUGGGGGGGAUUGACGUCACACACCAGGAUCAGGGCACAUGUCUGCCGUCUCCAGUGCAAGUUGACGUGAUAGAUGGGAAGAUGGCGGGCGAUGAGGUGGAGCCUGCUCUACGUGACGUCACAGUCCUGGUUGUAGAUGGUAUACAGACAGUUGUAGUCACUGACUUCAAUAACAAGUGUGUGAAAUCCUUCUACACUAGAAACAAUCAACUGUGUCAAAGUAAACUUCCCCUGGAUGGCUCUCCAUGGGGUGUAACACAGUUGAAGGAGAACCAGGUGAUGGUUGCUGUCCCUAACUCCAGUCAGAUUGUAACAGUAGAAGUGACCCCUGACCUGGUGCUGCUCUCAACCAUCACAACAAGGAAGGACUACUACAGUCUCGCUGUUCUGAGUCCUUCAUCUCUAGUAUCAGGUUGUCGGGUCUGUGUUGAUAUCCUGGACAUAGCGGGACACGUGCUGAGGUCAGUUACUACACACAACAAUGAUACACUGUUUACCUACCCCUGGUACAUGUGUGUCACCAACAAGGGCAACAUACUCGUGUCUGACAGUCAGGAGCAGUCUGUGACAUGUGUGACGUCAGAGGGGGAUGUUGUGUGGAGAUACGCCCCUACUGGAGACAGAGCAAUCAUCCCUUAUGGUAUCUCAACUACUCCAACAGGAGACAUCCUGCUUGCAGACAGCAACAAGGUGAUACGGCUGACAGAGACAGGGGAUUAUGUCACAGGUCAUAAAGACAUUGGCUGUGAUCCAUGGGGAUUGUAUGUCGAUAGACAUGACACACUGUAUGUUUGUGGUGGAGGUCAGACACACGAAGUCAACUUCAUGUAGUCACAUCAAUAAUUGCAGGAUUUCAAUCAUCACUAUCACUGGUGUUAAAUUCACUAUAACAACUCAAUAUGGACUCUUCCGAUUGGGGUGUGAAUGAUCAUACAAAGGUGUAUCCAAAGACAUUAUUUCCACAUCAUUACACUUCACAUUAUGUGUUUAGCAACCUGGUUCUCUUUAUUAAAUCGCCUCCGUGUUCUAGUAAGUACGGUGUCGGCCGGGAAGGCGAAAAGCCUUUGGUUUGAUCCCAAUAUGCUCAAGAGAUACCAAUACUUCACUCUAUUCUUAGUGGAUAUGAUAUGGUUUACUUGUAUUGAAGUGCUCACAUGACUACUUGGACCUGUGGAUGGUCACUUGAUAUAUUGUUUAAUGACACUAAUGAGUUCCCAACUCUUGAGACCAUCAGUGGGUUCCCGGGUCGGGCUGGUUACCCGGGCUGUAGAUUUGGACUCGUCCCAGGUCCAGUCAGUAGCAUGCUAGGUACGUGGUCCACUGCACCCUGGUCAUAGAAUGGUUUUACUUUACUAGAUAGUAGAUAGGGUGUUCCAUGUAGGAUGUUUGCGAUGUCAUGAAGUUUGUCUUGUGGAACGUUAUGGCGAGCCACUUAAUAACAAAUAGCUCCUGUACGGAGGAACACUUCUACAAUUGUGUAAUUGUGUCCAUAUCUAUACUGAUUAUAAUAGUGUUGUAGGCAAUUGUCAAAAAAUAAACUGUAAGUGAUCCCAUGUUAUUGUUUGGCUAAAAAUGAAAUUAUUUUUGUGUGUCAGCUCCAUAAUCAGAGACCAUAAAAUAGAUUUAGUUUACUCUGCAUAAACUGAACAAACAUUAGGCCACGCAAACCCUCGGAUUUGUUUCAUGACAGGCUGAUAAUAGAAUUGGUAGAUCUUGUGUUGCACUAUUGCGCUGUACAAUGUCACAUAGUUUGAUUAGUCUACUCUUUGUUUGUGUUAAUGUCUUGAUGAAGUUGUUAUUGUUGACUUGUAAAAUGUAUUUUUUUGCUUAGAGGCGUAUGCACACUUUGCGUUUUAUACGGAGAUUGUAUGUAACAAGUGAACGCGUUGUAUGCACACAAGCUUUUUUAGAUUUAUACCUCCAUAAACACAAUAAAUAUUGAAGUUAAUUCUUAAAUAAAUAAAUUGCAAGUGAGUCCGUUGCAUUAGAUUGUUUAACCUAAAAUAACAUUAGCCCACGCCCAAUAGCGAACUACUUGCGUGAUGUCGUAGGAAUUCGCGGUGGCUCGCCCGUGAUAUGCAUAGCCCCUAGUUUAAAUAAAAUCAUUGAAAUCAUUGAAAGAAAACUUCAAUCGAUUUCUUUUACUUAUUUGUACCGCACACAUAAUCAUUGGAUCGUUUUAAAUAGCAUUGACACUCAGCAAGAGCAGAAUGUAUUUUUCACAAAUAAAAAACAUGACACUA